AUGAUCAGUGACGAUGGGUCAAUAGGAGUUCCGUCGUGGUCAGCCAUAUCAACAGAACUCCUACGAGCAGAGUUGGCGCGACGAGAUGAAAAUCCACCCAAACCAACAUGCGGAUCUGUCAGUAAGGGGUCGUAUAACACAUCAGCGCAUGUUUUUGCGCUGGUGCUGAUCUUGGCCCUGAGCACAAUUGCUUGUGGAUUUCCCCUGAUAUCACGACGGACAUCCAAGGAGAGUGCAGGGCCAAACAGAUUCAUCUUCAUAUCACAACAUUUCGGAACUGGAGUACUCAUUGCAACAGCUUUUGUACACCUGCUCCCAACAGCCUUCAUCUCACUGACGGAUCCGUGUCUUCCAGCUUUCUUCAAUGAGGGAUACAAUGCUUUGGCAGGUUUAGUCGCCAUGCUAUCUGCAUUGAUUGUAGUGGGAUUGGAGAUGUUCUUGACGACGAGGGGUGCUGGACAUUCACACUCGCAUGGAGGAGCUUGGGAUGCUGUGCCAGCUGGGGAGGACGGCCAUAACCACAUAGGCAAUGGGUCAGCAGAGACAACGAGGCCGAAAGCGAACGGAAGGAUAGGGAAGCUAGGUCUGAAUCACAGGCCAAGAGAUAUUGCCAUGGACGAUUUGGACGCCUCUGAAGGCCUUGUGGCAGGUGUAUCUCCUUUACCAGUUUCGACACCAACACCUACAACACAGUCGAAUAAAUACCGCGACGAGAACGAGGAUGACAACGAUUCGGACCUGGAUCUUGAUGAGCUCGACCCUACUGCGGAAGCAUUCUCCGGCUCUCAAACUGAGAUUGAGCCUGAGUCUUCAGGACCCCAUUCUGCCCUAACUGCUGAAGAGCAGCAGAAGAGACAGAUCCUCCAGUGUCUCAUGCUCGAAGCCGGCAUUUUAUUCCACAGCAUAUUCAUUGGUAUGGCUGUAUCAGUGGCCACCGGACCACCAUUCGUAGUGUUCCUGGUCGCAAUUGCGUUCCACCAGUCAUUCGAAGGACUCGCGCUAGGUUCUCGAAUCGCAGCAAUCAAUUUCCCUACACACUCUCCCAGACCAUGGCUUAUGGUGCUAGCAUACGGAACUACCACGCCGAUUGGACAGGCCAUCGGAUUGGUAGUACACAACCUGUAUGAUCCACAGAGUGCGGCGGGAUUGUUAAUGGUUGGGUUCAUGAACGCAAUUUCAAGCGGGCUACUAUUGUUCGCGGGUCUGGUACAACUACUAGCUGAGGAUUUCUUGAGUGACAAGAGCUAUGGCAUCUUGAAAGGCAGGAGAAGGUGGGAGGCUUUCAGUGCGGUGCUUGCCGGAGCAACGCUAAUGGCAUUGGUGGGAGCAUGGGCUUAG